GAACCGAUAGCCAUGUUGUUAUAGUAUCUGUCCUAUCUCGCGAAUGAUUUCCUCGUUCGAGAUGUAAUGACUACUCGGAAAACAAGUAUCGCGCUUUUUAUACUCGCUGCAAAGUACACGGUAUGGGGUUACUUCGCUUGGCGAAUAAUUCACGGCUCGUUGAAUCGUCCAGAACCUGAAAAGUCGACAUUGAAUGGUGUAGUCUGCUACGGGGAACAAAAUGGGCAUUGAGCAUUUGGCCCAAGGUUGAAAACACUCGACGACACCACAAUAAGUCGAAAUCUUUGCUCAGCCUCGUCACGGAGAGUACAUUUCUCCAUAGUUAUGAUGCUACCGGGAAUCAUGUAAUCCAAUUCCGCCUAUGUAUUCAAUGGAAAACUGUUAUGCCUAAAACUUGUAUAAAGACAUUCACUGUGUGAUAAAACCAUGUAUGGUAACGUAGAAUUGGAAACUGUGUCUGAGGUACACUUUCGUCGAUUACUUGGCACUACGAUAGAUCCAAACAUCAGUUUGGCAAUGGAAGAAGAAGAUUACUUUUGCAAAUUGAUUUUAUACAAGGAAAUUGCUGAUUCCAGAGUGAGAAUAUGGGAUGUUGUAAUACUCAUUCCAAAUUUGAUAUUUCUUAUAUUUAUUGCUGCACGAUUUAAUAGAGCAAGGCUUAAGUUGCGUGCAACUAGCAGUCCAAUAUAUUUAGCAUUUUAUGGUCUUGUUGUAAGUAAUAUCCUAAUCUCAGUAAUACGCUGCGUCGUAUCAAUGACUGUUAACGCAGCAGCAACAGUCGGUGGUUUAGCAGAUAAGAUUCUAUGGGUUACGGUCAGAUUCUUCCUACUAUCUACAGAAAUGAGCGUGGUUAUAUUCGGCUUAGCUUUUGGGCACUUGGACAGUCGCUCCAGCAUUCGAAGAGUUUUGCUGGCUACAUCUUUCAUAGCACUAGCGUUUACGAUAACUCAAGGUACACUAGAAUUGGUUUUACCCGAUGACACAUUUGAAAUACCGAGCAGAAAAUUUUACCUUUUUGGACAUGGAGGAAUGAUGUUCUGGUUCUGCAGCAGUCUUGUGUUCACAACGAUAUACCUUCUGAUAUUAAUACUGCCACGGACAAGAUUGCGUGAUAGACUUGCUUUGCCUACUAAAAGAAGUUUUUACGUCUACGCGGGUACCUUGGCUUUUGUCGAUUUAGUACAGUCGAUAGGAGCAGGUCUGUUGAACUAUAUGCAAGCUCCUGAAGGGCUGUGUAUUGUUGACAUCACCGCUGCGCUGUACUUGACUCUAUUUACACCAUUGGUCUACCACACAUUCUUGUCAGAAUUGUUCGGCGUGUCCCAACCGACUCUAAUGUUCUCGUACAAGGCGCAAGUGGACGAUACUAUGGAUGAAGAUACAGUUUCAUUACCUCAUCAACAGAGUUUUUCUUCAUUGAAAACUGACAGCGACUACAUAUAUCAGAACAACAGUGUUUAUGAUUCAACUCAAUUUGACACUGGUGCUACCCCGGUGAACCCCUUGUACGCUGCUUCCUUGCAAAGUCCAGACAGCAUAACGGGGUACAGUAUAGAUAGUCAAGAUGCUCACACCCAUAACAACGGCUAUCAACAAUAAAAGUACGUUUUAAUAUGUAAGGAGCGUGAGAAUUGCUGAUACACUCUCUACCUUAAGACUAUAAUUUUGACGUAUCAGUGUGAUGAAUUGCAAUUACGGACAGAAAGAAUCUUUUAUGUCAUAGUAUAUGAUUAUAGGACAGAUUUGUUCCAUCUUCUGUUUGGAUUAACUAACAAGUUUCCUAGGAUAUUUAUACUUUUGCCGUUAUUGAUAGCAAAAUUGUAUUUCUUGCUUAAGCUGUAAAAGAAACCUUAGUGUAUUUUUUUUCACAAUUUCUAAACUUGAAUUUGUGGUAACACUUAGCACUGAUUUGCUGCUAUCGUUGCUGGGACAAAGGGACAAAGUGUUGAGUUACUACCUUGGUAGAAUCGAGUGCAGAUAAUUGUACCCUCCAUCUGCUUCUAUAUUCAUGAACUAACAAUAAGGAUGCACAAAUAACACUCUGCUAAAGUGCAUUGGCAAGCUGCUGUUUCUUAUUUGAACUGGAGAGUGCUUGUGGUUGAAAUAUGAAAGAUUCGCACAAGAUUCUCACAUUCAGAAAUUACGUGUAUUGUACUUCAGGUCUAUCUAUGAUUUUUUGAUAUUAAAUUGUUAGGUAUAAACUAAUGCUUUAUGAGUAUUAAUUGUUCUGAGAUUGUUUUCCCUCUGCACGGAAUCUAGUCGUUAGUCAAGUGACUGAAGUAAUGCAUAACUAGAUGUUAUACUGUAUAGAACUUCCAAAAUGCAAUAGAUUAUAAGUGUGGAAAGAGAUUCUGAUUUCUGAUUGAACAGUAGAAUAUGGAUUUCGAUCUGAAUUGAUUGUUAAGUGGCAGUUCACUUCAAAUACAUAUAUGUUUAUAUACGUAUACAAUUUAUUUGGUAACAUUGAUAAUAUAUAGGUAUAAUAUCUUUCUAAGAAUAUUUUAUUCUACCACAAUUACUUCGUUUAGAACGUAUGAGUUGAUGUUUAUGGGCUGAACAAAUGUAAGGUUUAAUUUAAGAUGCUAUUAAUAUUUACAUUGUAGGUAUCACAAUGUUUCUCAGACGACUUCAAUCAAUUGUAUAAGUUAAAUGCACCAGUUAUCGUCACUGAAUCAGUAACUGGUAGCCAUACGCUAGAGUAUAUCUGUAAGUAAGUCCUCGGCCCCUGUAUUUAAAUCGGACUGUUUAUUACUACUUCGGUAACAAUAACUGGUGCGUUAGCCCUGAUAAGUGAUUAUAUUAACUGUGGAAAUAGAACUAGACUAUGUAAUCCAUAUGGUUAUCGGCAGGUUGUAUUCAUCUUCAAUCGUGCUUUCAAUCUGUUUACAAAUUAUGCAGUUCCGCUCCAGCUCUAACUUGGGUGGUCUAUAGGAUUUAGGAAUCAUCUCGGUGUUUCAUUAUUAAAUCCUUACAUACAAAAGUUAUCGAUAUUGUAAAGCUACCAUUGUUAACUAUUGAAAAGUGUUCAAAAACCAUUGAAAUGCUGUUUUAGAAUACUUAUUUCUCGUUUUUACACAUUUUAUGUAAAUCUAAGAUUGGUUUAUUCGAAGAUUCACGAAUCAGAAUUGAAAGUUGUGAAUGCAAAAAGCAACGAAUAAAAAAUGAUUAAAUAGAUGAAUACAUUUUCAUCGAAAGUCUUACUGGUCAGAUCUAAUGAAAUAUGAAUGAUUCUACCAUGUUGUAAUAAAGCUCAAUUGCAGUUGUAGUAUGAUAUUAAGCGAAACAGAUAUUACUUGAGAUUAUGUGUAUCGAAUGUAUGUACGAAAGGGGUUUAAAUUUUACUUUUUUAUGUUAAGAAAUGAUAGAAUUAAGAAAUAUUUAGUUAGAAAAUUCAUUAUAAAAACUAAUCUGAUAUGUACAUGAAAUAGAAAUCAUGCGUAAUUGCCAAACAGUGGGGUAAAGUACU